GAGUGUUUCUGCUGACUCCAGGACUUGGGCCAUCUAUAAAGCUUGGCAAUGGAAAAUAAGGAAACUCUCAAGGAGGAAGAGUUUUUGAGCUGUGCCCAAGGACCAGCAGCUUUUGACCAAACUGCGAUGGAGAGCUUUGAAAUCAGUGGUAAGAUCCAAAGCCCAGGAAGAGAAAUGCGGCGAACCUCUCCGUAGCUAUGGUGGUCAUCUACCUGAUUCUGCUCACCGCGGGCGCCGGGCUGCUGGUGGUUCGAGUUCUGAACCUGCAGGAGCGGCUCCGGGCCCUGGAGGAGAUGUACUUUCACAACGGAACGCUGGCCACUGAGGACAGCCCGUCCUUUUCCUUGCUGCAGUCAGUGCACCCGGUAGCACACCUGCCUCCAGGUGCAUCGGGGCUGCAAGUCCUUCAGGCCCAGCUCUCCCAGGUCCAAGUCAGCCAGGCACACCUGCUGCAGCGGGUAGACAACUUCACUCGGAAUCCAGGUCCCCGGGGACCCCAGGGCCCACCAGGAAUCAAGGGAGAGGCCGGCCUGCAAGGACCGCAGGGCGCUCCAGGGAAGCCGGGAGCCCCUGGUGCCCCGGGACGCCAAGGAGAGAAGGGCAGCAAAGGCGACGGGGGUCUCGUUGGCCCGAAAGGGGAAACCGGAGUGAAGGGAGACAAAGGGGACCUGGGCCUCCCAGGAAGCAAAGGGGACAUGGGCAUGAAAGGAGACACAGGGGCAAUGGGGCCCCCUGGAGCCCAGGGGAGUAAAGGUGACUCCGGGAAGCCAGGCCCGCCAGGUUUGGCUGGUUUUCCUGGAGCCAAAGGAGAUCAAGGACAACCAGGAGCGCAGGGAGUUCCAGGCCCUCCUGGUGCAGCGGGACACCCAGGUGCCAAGGGUGAGCCUGGCAGUGCUGGCUACCCCGGGCAGACAGGACCACCAGGGAGUCCCGGGAGUCCAGGAGCCCCCGGCCUGAAAGGAACCAAAGGAGACACAGGACUUCAAGGACAGAAAGGAACAAAAGGAGAAUCAGGAGUUCCAGGCCUCGCAGGCAGGAAGGGGGAACAGGGAAGCCCCGGGCUGGCAGGCCCCAAGGGAGCACCUGGACUAGCUGGCCAAAAAGGAAACCCAGGAGAGAAAGGGUCUUCUGGACAGCAAGGACAAAAGGGACAAAAAGGCCAAAAAGGUGAAUCCCUGGUCCACGUCAGGAUCAUCGGCAGUGAUACUCGAGGCCGGGCUGAAGUUUUCUAUGACGGUACUUGGGGGACAAUUUGCGAUGAUAGCUGGGACAACUCCGACGCAACUGUCUUCUGCCGCAUGCUGGGUUACACCAGGGGAAGGGCCAUUUAUGCAGUGACAGCUGGCACCGGGCAGAUCUGGCUGGAUGACGUCGCCUGUGACGGGACAGAGAACAGCCUGUGGUAUUGCAUGAAGAGCAAGUGGGGCUCCCACAACUGCAACCACAGUGAGGAUGCGGGCGUGGAGUGCAGCGCUUGACCUAGAAGCCCUUCCCCGUCUGCUCCCAAGGCAUCCAGGCUCCCACAGCAAAGGCAACGCUCUCUGAGGGCUUCCCCGGGAGCAGCUGAGGAGCCUCUGCAGAGGGGUCAUUAAUAAAGCUCAAAGUGCUACCUGGCAA